AUGUGCCGUCGUACGACGGUUACAGUAAGGCGCCCGCUAAUACGGGUGCCCGGCAAAGCGCCUCGAAUCGAGACGGAGUUCCGUGCGACGGGAGAUAUUGCCCGAUUACGAAACAAGCAUAACGGAAAUAAAUCGCGAGCCGUCGAACCGAUACGGACACGAGCGACGGACGGGCCGGCCGCCGGGGAAAAACUAGAAAACUACGAUACGCGGGACACGGUCGACCGGCUGAGGGCAGGGAUAGCCAGAACCGAGGAAAACCCGGUAAAACGGGGUGGGGGGGAGGGAAAUGAAAAAAAAAAGAAAGAAAGUUACCCAGUGAACUCUGCGGACGUGAUAGCGUCCAGGACGAAAAACACUUGUCGGAAUGUCCGGUUCCGUCAUUGGAUGCAAGCGGGGACGGACCGGAUUUUUCCGACCCUGCGAACAACGCGGUCGCAAAAGCGAUCAGUCAUCUGACUGAGGAAGAAGAAUGA